UACAGGUGAGACAGAUAAUAUAACACUUACACAGGCAAGACAGGUGGAUGUCAGCUAGAGCCUAUCUGGACCCUACAUCAGCCACAGCUAACACACAUCCUCAACACCCAAAACACAGUAAAGAACAAUGGCUUCAAAUGGAACAACUGAGCCUCAUCCCUACACCUUAGAAGUUGCAAGUCAGGGACCGGCAGACCAGGUGAAGGUUUACCAUGUCCACACACCCUUCACCCCACCGUCCUCCGAUGAUGCCAGCGCUUCUCACUCCAACCAAGUUUACACCAGCGGAGGUGGUGGGCUGGGGUCAGGCCUCGGCGGUGACACCAAGAGGAAGUUUGUGAGCUACGACACGGAGUUAGGCCGAAAUCCCGGCAUGACAACCUGCGCCUCCUGCCAGCAGCAGGUCAUGACCAACGUCACCUACAAAGCUGGAACCUACGCCUGGCUCAUGUGUCUACUGUUCAUCUGCUGCGGAUUAGUCCUGUGCUGCUGCCUGAUUCCUUUCUUCCUGAAAAGCUUCAAGGAUGCAUACCACACGUGCCCUCGCUGCCACAGAGUCCUGCACGUGGACAAGAAACGCUGCUGUUCUUGAGGUGUGGGACAGUCAACGUGCACCCAUAGAAAUAAGACAUCCUGCUGCCUUUGCCUGUGUUUGGAUAGCCCGGAGCCAAACUUGCAGUGGUCACAUUUCCUUCACCUUGUUCAUUAAACGUCUGUGAGCGAGGUAAAGGAAAUGUUUACGAAAUACAAAGAGAAAGGUCAUAUUUUCUGGUUACAGUCCAAACUUAGCUUAUUUCUAUGGAAGAGGCAUUCAGAUGGCCUGGGUAAAAUCAUACUGAAAAAGUUUCAUAUUAUAUCAAAUUGCUUGCAGAAAAACCAAGAGUGUUUUUCUGUUGCUUAACAAAACCAGCUAGUAUAUAUUUUUUGCAGCUCAGGAAAGUUAAAAAUCAUGCACACCCCUUGCACUUUUAGGAACCUAUUUUCAAAUAUUAUUUUGUCCAGGUCAAGCAGAAAAAAAAUAUAUAUUAUCCUACUCAGAAAGUUUUGCUUUAAUUAUAAUGUAACAAUGAAGGCUUGUACAUAGACUUUGUCAAAUAUCUUUUUUUAUGUCAAGGGAGGAUAGUUCAGCUGAAAUUUCAAAAUGUUUGAUUCUUUGCCUUGAAAAUAAUGCAAGGGGAGGGAGCAAGUCAGUUUGAAAGGGAUCAACUUUUGAAAGGAUUACUAUUGUCAAACAAAGCUACUGUUAAUGUUCAUCUAUAGACUCUUGCAUUAUAAAUAAAGCACAUGCCAAGUUGUUCAGUUUGCAGAUCUCUCUGUUGCUAGUAUCUAUGCUCAUCUGAGUGUUUUGUAGGUGAAGCUUGUUGAAAAUAAAAGAUUCGGUUAACUUUCUAGUUCUUCAGUGAUGCAUGAGUGAAUGCAGCACGUGGGCGAUUUUUCACACAGAGCAGAGGGAGAGACAAAAAACACUUCCGUUUAAGAUCUAUGACAGAAAAGCGAUGUGAUGCCUCUUCAUGCCCUGUCAUGUUGGGUGACACUGAACAGGCCAGGACCUCUGUAUUUACUAUUAUUAACUAUUUUAUAACAUUAUUUCUCUAAUAAAAGUACACCACUUAUACACUGAA